ACUGGAUAUCGAAAAUCAGGCGCGAGGUAACAAAAGCCUGCAGCGGCGGAGUUCAGCAACAGAAAAGAGAGUGGGGUUUGCGGUUCAGCUGCGCUUCAUGUCGCAGAACUUACCCUGGUUUUCAAAGGACUUCUGUUGGUUGAGAAACGGAAUCUCUGGCUGCUGCACCCAGGGUAUGAGGGAUUAUCCUGUCGAGGAAGAGGGCAAGUUCAGCCUACCAACUUAUCUCCAGCGUUGUUCGCAUCGCCCAGCAGGUCCGUAUCGGCCACCGUAGUCCCUGGAUUUGGGGG